UAUAACGGUACACAAAAAGCUGAACCCAUUACGAAAUGCCACUUUGCCGAUGAAAAAUGCAUGAUCGAGCAGGCGCACAAGUUGUUUAAGAAAGCUGCCACAGGUGUGCCUGAAAGGGAUAUACCAGCUUUGGAGCCGUUGAAGUUGGAUAAGAUUGAAAUGUUGGGUGAUAAAAAUAGUGCUUUAAAAGUUGACUUGAUAAUGAACGAUGUGGAGAUACAUAAUUAUACGAAGGCGCGCGUUACAUCGAUCAAAGGCUUCAGCAAAGAUCUCAGUAAACCAAUGAAAGUCGUCACGCAAAAUUUCAAUCCGCGUAUCAUUAUCAAGUCGAAAUAUAAGAUCAAUGGCAAUAUACUUGUGUUGCCUAUUAGAGGUGAAGGUGAACUCACUAUGGUGUUGGACAAUGUAAAAACCCGCUUUUCGACCACACUCAAAGUGGAGGAGCGUAAUGGUAAAAUUUAUUUGUCUGCUGAUACCAUCAAACUCGAAACUCAAAUGGACAAGGUUCACACUGACAUGACAAACCUCUUUAAUGGCGACAAAACGCUCUCUGAGAGCAUGCUCCAGGUAUUGAACGACAACUGGCGGUUACUCAGUGAUGAUCUGACGCCGAUUAUCAACGAGGCAUUGGGGAAUAAAGUGAAAGAGUUGUUGAAGAAAUUCUUCAAAGAUGUGCCGUAUGAUGAUUAUUUUUUGGCGGACUAAAUGAGUGUGUUUGAAUAAAAAAAUGUGAGAGACUUUGAAUAAUAUAAUAGAAGUUACUAGCGUUUUUAUUUUUUUCUUGAAAAGAGAUCAGAAUAUAAUAAUUUCUUAGCAUAAUACUGUUGAGAAGUAGAAACAUAUUCACCAUAGAUGAACGAAAGUAUUUCGCGGCACAUAUUAACGAGAAGAGGGAAAGACUGUAGUUGACCAAAGAAAAUUCAAAGCUUGUGUCCAUAGUUGAUGUUGUAUUGAUUAAAAAUUUACUGAAUAUUUGCUGUAUUCUUUAUAGAUUGAUAUUUACAGAUCAUAUACAUACAUUAAAAUAUCAAUAAAUGAAAGCAAACACUGUAAUAGAACAAA